AUGGCCAAACACCUUCAGACGGUUUACGUCUCUGGCGGCCUAUGUGGUAUCUCUCAGGCCACAUGGCCUGGAGAGGAUCACGCAGACUAUCCAGCAGACACAGUUCCCGCUGUAACGAAGCGCAUCUUCAACACGCUGCUGUUCCACGACCAGCGGCAAACACAGCUGCGCAUGCGGUACUCAGAGGAGGACCGCAAGUCUCUCGAAUGCAUAGAUUAUAUGAUGCCGAUUGUCGCCGAUGCUGAUAUGGGUUUUGGUACUCUAACGGGUUGUAUGAAACUAACACGGUCCUUUGUCGAGUCUGGUGUUGCCAUGAUUCACAUGGAUGACCUAGCUCUGGGACUGAAGAAGUUCACCAACGGCGAAGGCAGGACAAUUGUGCCUACCUCUGAAUAUCUAUCACGAUUGACGACUGUGAGAAUGACUUUUGAUAUUAUGGGUGCCGACACAAUGCUAAUGUGCCGUUGCGAUAGCGACAAUGCCGAAUUCAUCACAAGUGUUCUUGACCCCCGAGACCAUUCCUACGUACUUGGCGCAACUAAGCAAGUCCCCUCCUUUUGCGAAGCUCUUGCCAAAGGUAGAGAAGCUGGCAAAGAGUAUCUUACCAUCAAAAAGGAGUGGAAAGCAUCGGCAGGUCUGAUGACCUUCGAUGAUGCUGUUAAGGCCGUCGCCACCGAUGACGAGUAUAGCAGCUACGAUUCCGAGGUGAAAGACAAGAUUGUCGCGCUAGCAGAACGGCGAGUUAUCGCAAAGAAGGUUACUGGAAAAGAUAUCGUAUAUGAUUGGGAACUUCCCAGAACUCCAUAUGGUCAAUACAUGUGGCAAUGGUGCACAAAGGCUGUGAUUGAACGAGCCAUUCUUGCUGCACCUCUAGGCGAUGUGACUUGGAGUAGACAAGAUAAGCCUAACAAGAAAGACAUGCAUGACUUCCAUACUGGUGUCCGCAAGGUCUUCCCCAACCGCCUUUUCGGCUUUGGCUACAUGGGCGCUUACGAUUUCAUCAAAGCAGGAUACACGCAAGAGGAGUUCGAAAAUUUCCCCUCAGACAUUGCAAAGAUGGGCGUGGUGUGGCAAGUCCAGCCCAUCUGGGCGACACAAGGCCUCAGCCUCCACGCCAAAGAAUUUGCCGAGAAGCUUAGAAAGGAGGGCAUUGCAGGCUACAUGCGCGAUGUUGCUAAACCAGCCAUUGCAGGUAUGCCCACGGACAAGUCAGGCAAGCCAACGGCGCGAGGAGGGUACUUGGCCGACGCAUUCUUCGAUAUUGUUGAUGGGGAAGAGAUUACUGGCAGGGUUGUCUAG